AUUUAUCUCUCAAUUUCUCUGGCGCUUUAGAUUCUCUCGGCUUCCAUGUCUUUCCUCGCAAUUUUCACGAGAAAGUGGGCGAGAAAAUCCGGGUUAGCCAUUCACGCCGCCUUAUCUUUAAUCAUCUUCUUCUUCCUCGACCUCAUCGACGCCAUUCUCUGCGUAGUUUACGACUUCAUCGACGAGAGUCUGGAGGGAAAAUCCCGAGGCUGUUACUGCACGGAGGCUUCUAGUACCACCGGUGAAAAUGAGGUUUCGGAGACUUUAUUUCGGAGGAGAAACGUUUUCAAGGAAAUGGGGUUUCUGGGAUUCGCGAGAAAGUUCAAAUUUUCCCGUAAAAUGAGUAAAUCUAAGAUUCAUGAGCCGGCGAAUAGGUGGUCAGAUUGUGGGUGCCAAUCUUGCAAUUCGUGGACGAAGAACGAAAAUGGGAAUCUUCAUGUCGUGGUCAAAGAUUCAAUUUCUCCAGAGGACUCUGUUCAAGAACCGUUGGAGAAUGUAAUAUUCAUACACGGUUUCAUGGGUUCAUCACAUUUUUGGACAGAAACUGUGUUCGAACACAUUAAGAAAGAUGGUUAUAGGCUCUUCGCGAUCGAUCUAUUGGGUUUUGGGGAGAGUCCUAAGCCAAGAGACAGUGUCUAUACAUUGAGAGAUCAUGUAGAGACGAUCGAGAGUUCUGUCAUUAAUCCGUACCAAAUAGAUUCAUUUCAUGUAGUUGCACAUUCGAUGGGUUGCUUAAUUGCUCUUGCUCUGACGGCAAAACACUCAACCGUCAUCAAAUCUGUCACUAUCGUCGCACCGCCUUAUUUUCCUUCAUCGCUUGAAGGAUCGGUCUUGACUAGAAUCGCUGGAAAGCGGUUGUGGCCGCCACUGGCGUUUGGAACGGCGGUGAUGUCUUGGUAUGAACAUAUCGGUAGGUGCGUUUGUUUUAUAAUCUGCAAGCAUCACAAGAUAUGGGAAUGGCUCAUCAAGCUAUGUACCGGUAAAAGGGAGAUUCCUUGGAAGAUACAGGAUAUAACAAGACACACGCAUCACUCAGCAUGGCAUAGCAUGCACAAUGUGAUAUGCGGCGCCUCUAAAUUCGCUGAUGAAUAUCUCGAAACCCUAGUAAACUCCGGCGUUAGGAUUCACCUGAUACAAGGAGACCUUGAUAAAAUCGUUCCUUCACAUUGCUCCGGUGACAUGAAGUCAAAUUUUCCGGCGGUGGAAGUUGACAUUGUCGCAGGUGCUGAUCAUGAGAGUGUUAUAAGCGAGAGAAGAGAAGAGUUUGCUGAGAAUUUGGAGAGCAUUUGGUGUUCAUGUAGAACAACAGGGUUCAGUGACGUUAACACAAGUGGAGUGACUUGUAUUUAGUUUUUUUUUUUUUUUUUUUUUUUUUGUCUUUCUUUUUUUUAUUUAACACAAAAUCUGAAACAAAUAUAGAAAUGAAAUUAAGAGUCUCUCUACUCCCUAAUAUAUAAA